AUGAAGCCCACGACGUACCUCCUCCCGACGACAGCGACCACUGGCUAUGCGAUUCCGGACAAGAAGCCGCGCCGCCACAUGAAGACGGUCGCCAUGGCCGCCGCGGGACUCUGCCUCGGUGGUGUCCUCCUCUCUGGCGCCUCGCACGUUGCCCCGAAGAUCAUGAACCGCGUCUCGUCGCAUCCAGCCCCCGAGGUCAAUGUGUGCGAGACGUCGCACAUCUUGACGUACGACCAGCUCCACUCGUGCGUGAAGAGCCUUCCGUACAACGCCACCGAGAAGGCCGAGCUUGUCGAAUACUACCGCCGCGCGCUACCGCUCUAUGUCUUUGAGAGCAUUUCCAAGGACGCGCAUGCAUUUGGCCCAUACGAAACGCCGGCCGUCGAUCUGCAAAGCGAGCUCAACGCGAUCGAGGCGACCGAGUACGAGAACGACGCGGAAAUGCAGACCGCGUUUUUUUCGCUCAUCAAUAAGCUCAACGACGCCCACACGACGCACGCCAAGCCGUACCCGUACUACAGCUACUAUGCGCUGCAGCCCAUCUCUCUUCUGAGCGUCGAGCGCCACAACCGUCAAGUCAUUCAGCUCCGCGACGUCGAUAGCGCCGAGGUCGAGACGUACCGCACACUGUACCCGUCGACGCCAGUGGACUUCGACGUUUCGGGCUGGGACGUGCUGUCCAUUGACGGUGUUCCCGCCAUCGACGCCCUCAGUAGCUUUGCGGACGGCGUUGGGCUUCUUAAGGAUGCAGGUGGCCGCUUCAACUUGGCGGUUUCGGGUUACAAGACGGGGCGUGGCUGGUUUGUGUUCCGGUCCAUGGGCACGUUUGACGUGCCCACGCAGCGCCGCGUGACGUACGAGCUGCGGCACCCGACGACGCGCGCGACCAAGACCGUCGCGUACGACUGGCUGGCGCUCAACAUGGCCACAAAGAGUGACGACCGGUCCAAGCACAACAAGAAGUACGACACGCUUUUUGAGAAGCUCAAGGACCACUUCAUUUCGCACGAGCUGUUUGAGACGCCGCCCGCCGUCGAGUACAUGGACGCAGUCGGCGAGAACGCGGCGGUGCUCAAACUCAACGCGUUCAGUGGCGGGGACGACGAUUUGACGUUCGAGGACGUCUUUGCGGCCAACGUCACGUCGGCCUUGGCCCACAUUUGCCUCGGGUACGCGACACUGCGGUACCUCUUCCCCAACUUGGACGUGAACGGGCCGCACGAAGCCAAGGGCCCGCACCAGGACGGGGUCUACCGCGCUCGUCGCACCGAGCUUUCCGAGACGAUCGCAACGAUCCUCGCCACGAUGCAGGUCGAGGACCCGACGAGCACGACGUUUUUAGCGCCGACGCAGUUUUACAGCCCGUCGACCCAGCGCCAGUUCCGCGACGCGUCGUGGAUGACCAAUGGGGAGUCGACGGUGCUGGGUGAAAUGAGCCAGGGUGUUUACCGCGGGUGUGCCGAUACGUACGUCAAGUACCCCGCGCCCGGCGUCUCGUUUUCAAUCGCACCCGAGAACCUUCUCGUCGUCUCGCAAGGCUUUUGCGGCUCAACGUGCGCGGUCUUUACGAGCUACAUUCAAGCGUACAACCUCGGCCAAACCGUCGCGCUUGGCGGGUACCUGCACACGCCGCAGCAGCCGUUUGGCUUUCCCGGCGGCCAAGUCGGCCAAGUGUCGGCCUUCACCGAGCUCGGCAACGCCAUUAGCGGCGCGUCGGAGCUUGGCGUCGACUUGAGCCCCGUGGUGCCGCAACCGCCGACGUCGGGCCGCGUCGACACGUUGCCGCUCGAGUACACGUUUGUGCCUGCAACCCACUCGAUUUUGUACCCGAGUGACCCGCUCGACUACGAUGCGAUCUAUGCCAAGGUCCUUCAAGUCACAUCGUCGUCCCAGCCGUAA